GCGCACGAGAGGAUGCCAUCAGUGUGAGACGGUCCUCAUGACGCGGAGGCAGCAGGCAGCAGACAGCUGGAUAAGAGCUCAGUUUCUAGAUAAAAAUGGCCGUGGAGAAGCGCCUGGCAUUCUCUAUUGUGCAGUUCCUCCGAGAUCAAACACAUUGCGGUGCUUUGAAUUCUGAUGAGCAGGAGAGCCUUGAAGUUGCGAUACAGUGCUUGGAGACCACCUUUAAGAUCAGCUCCAGUGACUGCCACCUCGCAGUGCCACAGCCACUCACAGAGAUAUUCCUCAAUGCCCUGCUCAAGAACGACAACAUAACCAUACCAGAGACCUCGCCAUCUCCUGAAGACAUCGAACGAGCAGAGCAACUUAAGAAUGAAGGGAACAAUCACAUGAAGGAGGAGAACUACAGAUGUGCAGUGGAUUGCUACACUAAGGCCAUUGAUCUGGACCUGAGAAACGCAGUGUACUACUGCAACAGGGCUGCAGCUCACAGCAAACUGGGCAAUUACACUGAGGCAACUGGUGACUGCGAGCGGGCCAUCGGGAUCGAUCCUACCUACAGCAAAGCGUACGGGAGGAUGGGUUUGGCUUUGACGGCUAUGAACAAGUACCCGGAGGCGAUUUCCUACUUCAAGAAAGCUUUGGUAUUAGACCCUGAAAACGACACCUACAAAUCCAACCUGAAGAUUGCAGAGCAGAAGCAGAAAGAAGCAACCAGCCCAAUAGCUGCUGGACUGGGGUUUGACAUGGCUAGUUUAAUCAACAACCCAGCCUUCAUCAGCAUGGCCGCGAGCGUAAUGCAGAACCAGCAAGUACAGCAGCUUAUGUCAGGAAUGAUGUCCAACGCGGUCGGAGGUUCUGCGGCAGGUGUCGGAGGACUGUCGGACAUUUCCAGCUUGAUUGAAGCGGGACAACAGUUUGCACAGCAGAUCCAGCAGCAGAACCCGGAGCUGAUCGAGCAGCUCAGGAACCACAUCCGGAGCCGUUCGUUCAGCGGCAGCGCCGAGGAGCACUCAUGAUCUAGUCAGCUUCAUGUUAUUUCUUUUCAAAGGAAGGGCAACCAUAUGACGCGAUUACAAUCUCUACUACACCCAUUUCUUAAAGUCCCCGGCGCUGCUGGAAAGAAGGACGGGGUGGACGGCACUUUACUGGGACUAAAAGGCUCCGGAGUGGAGAGAUGAGGAGACUGGACCGUGAGAUGAAAACAUCCCAAACUUCCUGUUAACACCCGAUGACUAAAAAAAAAACAAAAAAGAUCCCAUUGAGCCGAGUGACAGAGUAAAUUCUUCCCUCAGAGCUUUUACAUUCUGCAGAGAUGCUGUUUUCUAUGUCUACCGCCCUCUUCAUGCCCUCAGUUAAAGGUCCCGUGUGUCUGCAGGAUAAAUAGAGGUUAGGGAGGAAUGUACUUUUACAGCGUUGCAGGGAACGUCUCCGCUUUUUUUCUCACACAGAUACACAUCAGGUCUACCUUGUUGUCGUUUAUAGCGCAUCCUGUAUUAUUUUUCUACUCACUACUUUCGCCGCUUUCCAGCGAGUUCUACUCAACCUUUGAUUAAGACACACGGUGUAAUUGUGUAGCGGUGUUUGCAGCCUGCGUUUUUUUGUUGUUAACGGCACUUUAGGAGAAAAUAACCAUCCUCCCCCUCGAAGCCCAUUUAACGGCUCAUUAACUAAUAACAACGUGUCCGUAUUGUUCAUUUUGCAUGCUCUUAAAUCUGGUAUUUGAGAUCAGAUGCUUUAUGGGAACAGUUAGGAUGCUAGGGCAGGCAGCACAUUGUUUUGUCAGAGUAAAUGUCUUGAGAUUAAACACUUACUGAAAUA